AGCUGCUGUUUGUUUGCCAUCCUUGUCGCACACAACAAACGUGUCAAAUUAGCUUUUGUCUUGCAGGAGUUUCUGGACAGGAUUAAGACACAGCUAGGAUCAUCAUGGUGGACGAUAGCACUAGAAAAACGUUGAGCAACAUUCCUUUGUUACAAACUCGAGCUGGCCCCCGUGAGAAAGAUAUUUGGGUGCAAAGAUUAAAAGAGGAAUACCAGGCGCUGAUUAAGUAUGUAGAAAAUAACAAGCAGUCGGGUAGUGAUUGGUUCCGUCUCGAGUCGAACAAGGAGGGCACCAAAUGGUUUGGAAAAUGCUGGUAUAUGCACAAUCUUCUGAAAUAUGAAUUCGAGGUGGAGUUUGACAUUCCCGUGACAUACCCAACCACAGCUCCAGAGAUAGCCGUUCCCGAGUUGGAUGGCAAAACAGCAAAAAUGUACCGAGGCGGCAAAAUUUGCCUAACAGAACACUUUAAGCCUCUGUGGGCAAGAAAUGUUCCCAAAUUUGGCAUUGCCCAUGCCAUGGCUUUGGGGUUGGCCCCAUGGUUAGCCGUUGAGAUACCCGAUCUCAUUGAAAAAGGCAUCAUCAGCUACAAGGAGAAAUAGGCAGAACAAUUGUUAGAUCAAAUUUGAAUGAGAACAAAUGCAUGUUGUAUAUUCUGAAAAAAAGUCA